AUGGGAUUUUUGAGUGGUGUUCUCAGUAACAUCAAAGAGCAUUUAGGGCAGCAUAAAAAUGAAAUUACUAGUGCAAUUGAGAGUCUUAAGCAAAAUAAACACCGCGGUAAAAAUGGUUUUAAUGCUGCGAUUGGAAAGGUGGUCGAAGGGGUGGGGAGGUAUAAUGAGAAGGUGAGGGAGAGUAAUGAAAAAAUUUCUGUACCUAUUAAUAAGUUUUUGAAUGAGGUGAAUGAAGAUUUCAGAAAACAGGUGAGUGCAAUUGACGAAAAUAAUCCUGAUGCAGGUGAUAACUUCUCCACUGCUGUUACAUCGGCUGAAUCGCUGGUGAAUAAAUGUAUUACCAGUGCUGUUGCAUUCGAAAACCGAAUCGGCAAUGCGAGAGAUGAAACUAAUGAUCUUAAUAUUCUACUUAAAAACGAUGUUGUUAGAUAUGUGAAUAAUGUUACGUAUGAAGCUAAGAGGCUCAAGACCUUAUCGGCGAAAGAGAGACAUGACCUGCAAAACAUGGAGCAAAAAAUUGAAACGACAUUUGCAAAACUUGAAGCAAAUGUAAAUAAAGAGAUAGGUGACAAGGUAACGUGGCUCGUUGACACCUUGAAAACAUUGGUCAGAGAUAUCAAAAAACGAUUGGAAGAAGUGAAUAAAAAGCUAUGGGAGUGCUAUAAGACCUUGCAUAAGUGGAUUGUAAAAGCCGGAUGCGACGUUGAAUCUGCUCAGCAAGUAGUUCAGAGAAUUAUAAAUAAUGAAAUCGGAAAGGAUAAAUAUGACAACGUGAAGCAAGUUGCUGGGUAUAUUAAGGAGGACGCCGAAGCCCUGCACCGUGCCGCCAAGUUUGCAAAGGAGAGUAUACCGGGUUGGAUUAAGGAGGCUCAGACCAAGGUAAGAGAGUUAAACGAGGCACUGAGAGCGGAUUUGCAUGGACUAAAAGGUAAAAUUAACGCAGAGGUUUGGACGCAUGUUUCAGAAUUAAUUGUACCGAAUGUUAACAUGAUUAAAAAAAAAAUUGGUGAUCGAGUUACCAAAACAGCCGAUACAGAUGACAGUAUAGAUGAAAAUUGGCAUUUAGUGAAAGAAGAGGUUCAGCAGUUUGUUGAAGAUUUAACGGAGACUCGCGGCAGUUCAAGUUUGACGCAGAUCCUUGCUGGUGCUGUUGAGUACGCUAAAACAUUUGGCGCGCAGGAAAAAGUAAAUGCGUUGAUAAAGGAAAUUGUGGAGAAAAUUGUUGAGAGCGGAUCGGUGAGUGGAUAUGUGACUGGUUAUGUUGCGGACAAUAGAAAGCUUAAGGGGGCUAGUCAAGGGGAAAACAUUGCAAAAGUUAAAUCGGCCAUCAUUAAGGCUCUACCAGAGUUCAUUGGGCAGGAUGUUACAGAAGCUGCCACCACGGCCGAUUUAUCGUCGACAAAAACUUUGACGGGGCUUGCAGAGAAGUUCGGGAAUUUUGCCGAAAAUAUUGAGAAAGAUCUGCACGAUGAUAAGGUUCAAACAGCAAUCAGUUUAGUAGAAGUACAGCUAGUGGAUAUGAAUAUAUUAGAAAUACCGCCUGGUCAACUGACAAUACAACCGGGAAACCCUCUCACAAAAAUAACAGAUCUCAAACCCGUCAUCAGGACCGCCGUCACAGCAGUUUUUAGCACUUUUACGAAAGCCGCAAUGCAACUCCAGAGUUUUAUAAGGCAAUCCCAGAUUAAAAACAUUGAGAAGGCUAUAGAGCAAAUAGGACACAUCAAGCAGCAAUUUGCUGAAGGUGAUAACGGCAAAACGCUCCAAUCAAUCGACCAUGGCCACAAAAUCGACUUAGCGUUGAAUAUGGUGAAGAAGGCAAUCGAGCCGCUUGACAAAGCCAUCGAAGCGGGCGAAUUUCAAAAGCAGGUCGGUCUUAAACUUGAUUCGGUUGUGGGUCAAGAUGAGAACAGUCGUCCAGGUAUUCCACCAGGUGGAGAUAAUAAGGUUAACAUUAAUGAAGACAACUUCCGCACAUACAAAAGCUAUAUUGAGCAACCAAGAGGUCUACCUGCUGCAACGCAAGAACCUUUAAAAGGCAAACUUCCUAAGGCGAUCGCUGACAUCAAUGACGGUGUAACCAACGCUUUGACUGCCAUUGACAGUUUGAAAAAUGCGAUCGAUACCCAUGCUGGGGAUGUCGAAACAAAACUUGGUGAAUUCCUUGCAGCAUUCGAAGUAGCUGGCAGAGACGUAAAUUUUUUUCUGAAGAGUGUAAAAAAUGGAUACAUUACCGUUGAGUUGAAUGAUAUUCAUAAACAUAUCAAUGAGGUGCACGUAACUUUGAACGACAUCACUCAAACAGCUGAAAGUUUCAUUCGAUCGGAAGCAGAUACGAUAAGUAAGCCCCUCAUUUCUACCCUCAAGCAUUACGUGAAAACGCAGAUUGGAAUUGCGCAAAACACGCUAACAACAGAAACACGUAAGCAUUAUAUAUCAUCGAUAAAAUGCAUGUUGAUUAAUUUUUCCAAGAAGGCUACCAGAGAUCUGGCUCCGCUGCCUGAGGCCAUAGACAACGAUCUUACAAUAGGUUACAAGGGUUUCAUGGGAAAACUGUAUGGCAUAAGUACUGCAAGUGCGAUGAGUAACGAAAAUAUUAAAAAGCUGAGUGCCCUUACGAAUGAACCAUGGGAGUCAGUUGAGGAGAAGAUGCAAACACUUAUCAAAUUGGCAAACAACUUCCGCAAAUUCUACUGGACACUUGAGACGUAUGUUAAGCGAGAAAUAACAAGAGCAAACGGUGAAGAAAACAGAAAGAAGAAUCCUCCUGGUCAGGAAACCGAUACAUAUGUUAAUAAAUUCCUUGGCGUUGGUGCUUCACUCACCGCUCUCCUAGAGCACAUCAGCGGCGAACAUAAGUACGACCAUCGCGUCCCCGGGAUGCUUGACGAUCUUUUAACGGCAAUUUCGAAGCUGAAGCCGGAGGACUUCUCGAAGCCGAAUACUGCAACCAUGGAUAGCAUUAGCGCCGGGCUGAACAAGUUUGUCGACGAAUUGAGGAAAGUUUAUAUAAGCGCGUACGACGGUCAGGAGUUUGAAGGGGAGUUGGUGACAAACCCCAAAAUCCUUGUGGACAGCAGAGAAUCGAGGACGAUAUAUGAUCAGACUGACUACGGCCAGAAGUGCGCGAAGGUAUUAUUCACCAUCAUCAGUGUCAUAUGCAAUGGAUUUAGUGAGUUGCGAUGGCAGUGCGUUGGUAACUGGAAAAAUCUCAAAAGCAACCUAAGUGGCGACAAUAACCCUCUAGGCAUGUGCUUUAAAAACGCCGGGUAUAUUGUUCCGGAAUCCGAGACGGUACGCAAUGGCGACUUGCGUAAUAACAUGACUGGUCAGAGUAUUAGUGAUAAACUGAAGGAGACGCUGCCGGGUGCUAAGAAACUUGAUCAGGUUACGAAUUGGUUAUCAUCUACCCACAAUCGUAAAAAUGGUGACGAAAGUAAAAUAAGCGUACUAAACGUUCUCGAUUUCCUGUAUGAUUGCCUUGAAACGUAUUACCGUGUCUGCCACGUAACCAGUUCCUCAACCGGCAAACAUCCAUCGUCCGUCUACGAUAUGCUGCUUUGGCUGUGCGGCCUUACUUCAAGUGCCGUCUACAACGACCUGACACUCAACGGCUUCGAAGAUUUAUUUGAGAAGCCUAAGGACGAUGCUGCAGAGGCCAAUAGUGACGGCGAUAUAGCUGUUGGUUUGGAGAAGGAAUUGUCUUUGGAGGCUUAUCCAGGAUCGAUUACAGUCAAUACGCUCACCGCUAACUUGCAUCAGGUCUGCGUCUAUGCCGAAGACGUAUUGGUUGCCAUUCUCGGACACGGCCAUUCUGAAGGCCGUUACGCUUGCGAUUUCAACACAAACCCGGACAAAUUUGCGUAUCCCAGCGACCCGGCAAAGUGUCUGGACAUGCUCUUCGAAAUUUUGCUUAGACUACAAGAGCAGCUUUACUUGCUCUAUAUGCGCUGUCGGCGUACCAGGGAUACGAUGAGUUGGCGUGAGUGUUGGUACGGUCGUGGCGUCGGCGGUUCGUCAUGGAAGUGCAAUACCAUGCAAUGUCCUGAGCAAGUCGCCAACCAAAAUGCUGACCAAAAGCAUAAGCAAACAUGUAACCAAAAGUGUAACCAAAUAGCUGAGUGCGGCCUCAAGUCACCACUGCAAUCUUUCCUCGAAGACGGGCUUCCCGGUUUCAUGCCACACCCGUACAGCAGGGCUGAUUGCAAGAUGACUUGCUCACUUUCCAACCAUCGCGGCAUACCGUGCAAAACGCCGAUGGGUUUCAGCGACUUAAGUGUAAUGGCAUCGCAUACUAGUAAGGGUGAUCGAAUCGUGGAAGCCCUUCGUGACUUCUGUGGUAGUAAGCAUUCUCCUCUUAGCCAGCUCUGCAGUCUCCUGCUGUGUCUGCUAAACAGACCGCCGCAGACGCUGGGAGAUAUGUUCGCAUUCUACUACAACUUCAUCUCUAAUUGGGGUGGAAAGGGAAGUGAGCAUAAGCGUGAUGCAUUUAACGACGCAGUUAAUGACGCCUAUUUCGGAGCGGUAUAUCAAGACUUCACCAUUAAUAAUGUAUUCGAUUCCAAAAUACACGGUGAACAUAACCAUGAAAAAGGUGACCUGUUUGGUUUGGUAGACUGUUACUCUGGUAAGGGUGACAGGACCCCCAAGGGUUCUUGCGGCCCGUACAUGAGGCCAAUAUGCGGUGACAUCCGCAACACAUUUUCGAGCAAGCACGCCGGCAAUUAUCUGUCGUGGAUCGUCUAUAUCACCGAGACGUUUUAUGACUUGCUUAAGAAACUGUACGAAGAAUGCAACAAAUGUUGCGGCGACGAUAAACCGAAGUGCCGUACUGCUCGGUGCUCACGAAAUUGUAAUUUCAACGGCAAGAAGCCAGACCCCAAUCACGCCGAUUCAUGUGACUCCAUUGUCAACUGCAAGUUUACCAGGCCGACGCUGUAUAAGUAUGGCUUUGUACAUGAAGACGCGUUGAUGCUUGCCGAUAAGCCAACCAAACGCACGUGCAAAGAUUUCUGCAGCGCCUUAAAAAGAGUGCUCAGUGAUAAAGUAGAUGACGACGCGGCACUUGCCAAAUUGGUAUAUGUAACAAUUCCAGAAUUCCUAUACCAGAUCCGUUUCCCAUUCAUGACCUUAACCCUUUCCCUCUGGCUCCUCUCUCUGUUGUACCUCCUCCACAUCAUGGUCAUCCGCCUCGACCUGCUCCACAUCAAAUCGCAUUUGCAUAGUCCAUCGAGUCAUCGCAUCGCCGCUCAAUCACUACUCGCCGCCGCACGUGUUAACAAGCUUAACAGGGUGUUUUACCUGCAGCCGUAA